AUGAGUGACGACAGGGAAAGACAGGGCGCCGAUGGAGGCUGCGGGGCCAAACAGCCGCCCAAUGUCAAACCCAAACCUGACAGCAAAGACCGCAUCAAAAGGGAGAAAUCCACCAAGGUGCGUAGGUCCAUGAGCACUGACUCCGAGAGAGGAGGGGGAUCUGGGAGAAGGAGGGAGAGAAAGAGAGACAGAGGGUCGAGGAGGGAGCGUGGUAGGAGUGAGGAGAACAAGAGACAAGACCGGGAUGGAAAUGACAGCAACCAGAAGGAGUCUGACCCCCACGAAAAUGACAUGGAGGACACUGAGUGCGUGGUGUGCUUCUGCAAAUACGACAACGUCUUUAAAACCCCCAAGGUGCUCUCCUGCGGGCACACUUUCUGUCUGGAGUGCCUGGCCCGGAUCAAUGUGACCUCCUCAGAGCUCAAGUCUCUUUCCUGCCCUGUGUGUCGAGAGCUCACCAAACUGCCCCACGGCCGCAACCUGCCCCAGCUGGGCAACAACCAGGACAUCUUCCGCAAACUCCCUCCAGAGAUGCAGAGGGCGCUGUCCGUGCGCUUCAAGCGCAGCAAGGGCAAGCUGGUCGUCAAGAAGCCCCCUCCUGGUACUACUAGCCUGGCCAAGUCCAGCCUCACCCUGCCCACUCUCAAGAAGCAGGACCAGCAGGCCUCCAGUGACCUCCAGCUGGGCACCAUGGAUCAGGGCCUCGCCAAUGUCGUGGACGUGGGUCGCCCCCCUAGCAGGGUCAGAGGUCGCCUGCGCAGGAUGUUCCGCUCGGACCGGUGCUACUACAUUGUGAUGGCGUUCAUCAUCACCAUCACUGUGGCGCUGAUGCUGAUGGGCAUCCUGGCCUUCAUGGUCAUGCCCAAUGUGGUCCUCAACGGCAACAAAACCGCAGCAGGGGAAUUCCAACCAACCACCGCCCAGUCAACCCUGAGGAAAAGAGGGGAUGGUGGUGGGAUGAAGGAAGUAAGAACAGAGAAGGAGAGAAUCACUCAGAUGUUUUGA